UACCCGCCCCUCUUCCCUAGAUCUAGGAGAUAGGGGAAGUUGUCUGACAAUAAUUAUCCAGCAGAAAUACUUUUUAGGUCACGAGAAAUAAAUAUGAAUUUCUUAAAUAGGUGUGGUGUAUAGGUUUAGUAUAAGUUACCUUUAAAUAUCCUACACUUCCUACAGGAUAUUAAAAAAAGUCGCCUUCUAAGCUUGGGAAAGCGGUGCCUUCUACUCUACAACCAGACUCAUCUCCUUGUCACCAUGCCGUUCCCCUUCGGGAAGUCUCAGAAGAACCCUGCGGAGAUUGUGAAGAGUCUGAAGGAGAACGUAGCUUACUUGGAAAAGCUGGAUGUGGCAGAAAGCAAAAAAUUUGAAAAGGUUGCAGAAGACGUGUCUAAGAACCUAUCAUCUCUGAAAGAGGUGCUGUGUGGUUCAGGGGACAAGGAGCCCCAAACGGAGGCAGUGGCCCAACUGGCCCAGGAGCUGUACAACACCAACCUCCUCAUUGCUCUCAUCGCAAACCUGCAGAGGAUUGAUUUUGAGGGAAAGAAGGAUGUGGUGCAUCUGUUCAGCAACAUUGUGCGGCGCCAGAUUGGCACCCGUACGCCCACGGUUGAGUAUAUCUCCUCGCACCCACAGAUCCUUUUCAUGCUGCUGAAAGGGUACGAGAGUGCGGAGGUGGCUCUGAACUGUGGGGUGAUGUUACGGGAGAGCCUGCGUCAUGAGCCCCUGGCCCGCACAAUUCUCUUCUCGGAGGACUUCUACUGCUUCUUCCGCUAUGUAGAGUUCUCCACCUUCGACAUCGCCUCAGACGCUUUCGCUUCAUUCAAGGAUCUUCUCACGAGACACAAGAUUAUGUGUGCAGAUUUUCUGGAGACCAACUAUGACCGGGUGUUUACAGAAUAUGAGAAGCUACUGCAUUCCGAGAAUUAUGUCACCAAACGGCAGUCCCUAAAGCUCCUGGGAGAGCUUCUUCUGGACAGACACAACUUCACUGUGAUGACCAAGUACAUCAGCCGGGCUGAGAACUUGAAGCUGAUGAUGAACAUGCUGAGAGACAACAGCCGCAACAUCCAGUUUGAGGCCUUCCACGUCUUCAAGGUGUUUGUGGCCAACCCCAACAAGACCCAGCCGGUGCUGGACAUCCUGCUGAAGAAUCAGGCCAAGCUGGUGGACUUCCUGAGCCGCUUCCAGAGAGACCGCUCCGAGGACGAGCAGUUCUGCGACGAGAAGAUUUACCUGAUCAAGCAGAUCCGCGACCUGAAGAGGCCCACAGCACCAGAGGAGGCAUGAGGGAGACAGGCAUGGGGACAGCACCAGAGGAGGCAUGAGGGAGACAGGCAUGGGGACAGCACCAGAGGGGACAGGCAGGGGACAGCGCCAAAGCACAGGUUGUGGUGAUGCUAGUGAUUUUGGUUGGGGCCUUGGAGUAUUCAGAGAGAGAAUGAUAGUGAGAGAAGCAUACUUAACUAGAUUCCAGUACUCUGCCCUUCUCUUAACUUCAAACAUAGGAACAAUAUACUGUACAAAGUCCCCCCCCCCCCCAUUCUUUUACGUUUUCUAAUGCUCAUGUGGGAAUGGAGGGGAUUUUGAGGCACACGCAACAAGAGUGACCCGAGAACUGUUAGUUAAACCAUAGAUCUAUUUCAGCCACUAGGUAUGAAAUCAAUGCACUUUAUCAGAUAGUAUAUUGAACCUUAAACGCACCAUUAGCCUAUUUAAUGAGAAGAGCAGCACACCUGAGCCAUUUCCUGGGAAAUCAGGAUAAGUGGUCCACAAAACAGAAUACACUCUCCCCGACACAGACUCCCCAAACCUUACAGGAACUUUGAAAUGGAUUUGUAAGUUUUUAAAGACAGAUGUCCUAUAUGAUAUUUUAGGGAUUAGAAUAUAAAAAUAAAGAUUAUUUUGCUGGGGUUAUUCAGUUAACAUUUAUUUUGUAGUGGUCUUGUUUCUGACACCAUACUUAACUAAUUCCAUAAUAUGUUGGUUUAUUGCUUAGCUUUGGAUAGACUCUUGGGUCAGAGUAGGCCAUUGUAAUUUUUAGUUGAUAACACGGUAAUUAUCUUCAGUCCAUCUCCUAAUGACAAACAGUGACAAUGGAAGGCUCAAAGACGUGAGUCCGCAGCAACUGUUGUCCUAAUAGGAGCCAUCCAUCAGAGAUGACAGUAAAAAACACUAUAUGAAAACAUGAAUCAAUGAUAUGAUAGUAGGGCCCAGGCUAGUGGACUAUAAUGGAUCUAAACAUGGUUUUAGUAGGGGCCAGGCUAGUGGACUAUAAUAGAACCUAAAGGUGGUUUUAGUAGGGGCCAGGCUAGUGGACUAUAAUAGAACCUAAAGGUGGUUUUAGUAGGGGCCAGGCUAGUGGACUAUAAUAGAACCUAAACAUGGUUUUAGUAGGGCCCAGGCUAGUGGACUAUAAUAGAACCUAAAGAUGGUUUUAGUAGGGCCCAGGCUAGUGGACUAUAAUGGACCUACAGAUGGUUUUAGUAGGGCCCAGGCUAGUGGACUAUAAUAGAACCUAAAGGUGGUUUUAGUAGGGGCCAGGCUAGUGGACUAUAAUAGAACCUAAAGGUGGUUUUAGUAGGGGCCAGGCUAGUGGACUAUAAUAGAACCUAAAGAUGGUUUUAGUAGGGCCCAGGCUAGUGGACUAUAAUGGACCUACAGAUGGUUUUAGUAGGGCCCAGGCUAGUGGACUAUAAUGGACCUACAGAUGGUUUUAGUAGGGCCCAGGCUAGUGGACUAUAAUAGAACCUAAAGAUGGUUUUAGUAGGGCCCAGGCUAAUGGACUAUAAUAGAACCUAAAGAUGGUUUUAGUAGGGCCCAGGCUAGUGGACUAUAAUAGAACCUAAAGAUGGUUUUAGUAGGGCCCAGGCUAGUGGACUAUAAUGGAUCUAAAGAUGGUUUUAGUAGGGCCCAGGCUAGUGGACUAUAAUAGAACCUAAAGAUGGUUUUAGUAGGGCCCAGGCUAGUGGACUAUAAUAGAACCUAAACAUGGUUUUAGUAGGGCCCAGGCUAGUGGACUAUAAUAGAACCUAAAGAUGGUUUUAGUAGGGCCCAGGCUAGGCUGCAGGGUGAUCUUAGGCAGCCAUCCAUUCUUUAGUCUGAUUGAUCCCAAUAAUGGCACUCUUUUUUUUUUUUUCCCUCCUGGCACGGACGCUUGCUAGUUUUCAUGUGCAGUUAGGAACUGGUGUAAGUUAGGAAGGUGUUUUUUCUUUUAGAAAUGAUCACUAAAUAAUAUUAAGAUGAGAUGUACCCUCCAACAAUAUUACUAACACAUAGUAUCUAUGGGACGAGUAAUACAAUACGAAAGUAACACUGUACUGAUUAAGAGGUGCCGAAUCCGCCCAGUCCUGAUACUCUAGUAAACAUGGGCUUUACUGUGAGCUGCAUGCUGCUUCUCAGGGCUUCUCUCAGGCAGCCAGACGCACUGGUCAAGAAUCCACAGAAUGCACAUAAUGAUCGGCACUGUCAAACUUAAAUGUAGCUCAGUUGGUAGAGCAUGGUGUUUGCAACGCCAGGGUUGUGGGUUCGAUUCCCACAGGGGGGCCAGCACAGAAAAAAAUGUAUGGUAUGAAAUGUAUGCAUUCACUACUGUAAGUCGCUCUGGAUAAGAGCGUCUGCUAAAUGACUAAAAUGUAAAUGUAAAGUAUGUUGUAUCAAUUGCACCUAAUUGGCCACUCCUCAAUUCUCUACUCAAGCUUAGGACCUAUCAAUACCUCAAUCAAUAAUUACAUUGUAUGUUGUCCAGAUGAACUACAAAAUGGGUUUCUCAUGAAAUGACAGCAUUUUGCCUUACCUAGUGUCACUUAAAUUGCAUAAUAACAGAUUACAAAAAAAUAUGGUGUCUGUCUGCACAAUUUUCUAGUAUAUACCUCAUGGGGUUUUGAGUUCAUAAGGGCUGUUUUCUCUACUUUCCUUGGAAAUAUAUUUUGGACAAAGAGCAGUGGUUUGUAUUAUACAUGCUAAAUAUGUCAAUGGUUUUGUAUUAACUUCAACAGGGAGUGGGACCUGGUUUUCUUUAAGGAGAAAACCAGAAUCUUCAACUAAAUGUAUGUUGGGUGCCUCAAAUUUCAAUUCAUAUUGAGUAAGAGGACACAAGUAUGAAUGUUGCCUUACUUUCAGAAUUGCAAUUUUAUUGGGAAGACCAUGUAUGUGGAGGUAUAGACCUCUCCAAUCUUCUUAAUCAAAGGUAGUAUAAGGGGCAGUGCUUAACUUGACUGAGAUGGGUGUCAGUACUCAUUUUGGGUGCUGGUUCUGUUUACAUGUAGAUGCCGUAGUUCCUCAAUACUUUUGAGCUAAAAUUCUGUAAGAGGAACAGGAGCUCCAGCAGUAGAAAACUUGAGGUGCUGUUACUCGGCUCCGGUUAGCUCCUGCCCAAGUCGAGCACUGAUUUUGGGGGGGAAAUAAUGUAUUUCAAGUCCCAAACAACGCCAACUUCACAGGCCCAGAUUAAAUUAUUAACGGCAAAUGUGAUUUAUUGAAUAUAGAUAAACCUUGAAUGGAAUACAUAUUAACUAUUCCAGGACUUUUUACCAAAAGUGCAAUUUAGUCCAGUAGUACUGUAGGCUUAAUCCCGUUCAUUGUAAUCAGCCCACAGUCUGUUAUUUAUAGGAAUUCCAUAGCACCUGUUUUGUGGUAGACCAAGCAUUAAUCAAUGUUUGAUCAAAACUUUAAACUGAAUAAUUUCUUGGAGGAAAUCAAAUAUAAAGCUAAACAUUUCUGAUAAUUUUCAGACUUGUGGUUAUUUCGCUACUAUAAUAACUCAAUGACAACAUACAAAAAUGAUCAAGUUUUGUCAAGGCUAAAUUAUUUUUGGGUGAUUCAGAAUUUGAACUGUAAAAUGUAUGUUGUGCCUUACCUUUUUCACGAAGCCUCGUGUUUGGAUUUAUUUUAUUUACUGUGGGAGAGGAUUAAAUGUGUACAUAGCUUUAUUUUAAAAGGUUAAAGUGUGGAAGCAUAAAUAAAAUGAAGACAUCUUUGUUUGUUUUAUUACA